CUGUUUCCUGCGGGGGGCGUUCCGAUUUCAACCCUAUUUUACAAUAAAAAUCGUUGAUAUGCCAAAAAUUAAGAUAGGUUUCAUUAUAGAUUAUAACAAUAUGUGAACUGCCGGUUCAGAAAUAAGCUUUGCAUAGUUUAUUGUACUAAAUUUAGGCUGAGCAGAUUGGCGGCACUGUCAACUGUGUAUUAUAUGCGUCAUUGGCACUGAACAAGUUAAUCGAAUCACACAUCAUUCAUUACUGUAUACAAGAUUUGUGAUGCAUCUCUUGAAUUCUAGUAGUAAUUUAAGUCUGUGUUCCUGAAGUAAUUAUUGUGGUCGUUUCUUGUUUCGAUUGAUAGUUUAUUUCCUGUUCGGAAUAAUCGUUCGUUUCCAGUUUUGAAGAACAUUGUUGGGAAAUCUUCGAUUGCUUUGUGAAAGACAAUUAUAAGGAAAACUCCUACAAAUCCAUGAGGAGAAGACUUGUGAUGCCCAAUAGCUUAUUAGCUGCUGAUGGAUGAAGUGCUGUAUUUCCAAGAACUCUGCUGGAACUUCUAGCCAUGCAGAAUUAAGGAGUGACAUAACCACAGAAGUGACCAAAAUUAGCAAGAUAACACUAAGUCAACCAUUCACAUUUUGGUUCAGAAAUGAAUAUGCAAUCCGAUAGACAAGCUGCUUGGUUUCUUUUAUCAUUUUUGAUUAUUUGUUUGUUAGUUUUCAUAGUGUAUGCUUCACAGCAAAAAAAUACCAGAAAGGAGCAUUUGGCUAAGGUGGCAUUGAUUGUGCUGAUUCUGGAAUGUGCUCUUCUACUGCAGUAUUCCUACAAUGCGAAUUUAUUCAAUGUACAACAUCACUUCCGAAUGCUCUCUGAAGUCAACUCGAUGAAGACGUUGCAACAAUCUUUUGAUAUGAUCACAAGUGGUGCAAGGAUGAUGGUGGAUGGGAAUCAUACAAAUCCUCCAUUGAAGAACAGGUCACAAGCUAUGUGUCCACUUGUUCCACCAAACUUGUCGGGUCGGAUUAGACCCAUACUCCAUGCUCCAGCAACACUUGAAGCAACAGAACUUGCCCUGGCGAGAAUCGACGCAUUGCCAGCUUCCGGUGGAGAAUGGCAGCCAUCCACAUGCCACUCCCAACAUGGCCGAGUAGCCAUAAUUGUGCCCUAUCGAAACCGGACAACUCAACUCAACAUCUUUCUCCUAAACAUGCAUCCUUAUCUGCAGCGUCAGCAAAUCAACUAUGGCAUAUUUGUUGUCGAACAGGCUGGGCAUGCGCUGUUCAACAGAGCCAUGCUGUUCAACGUGGGGACAGUGCUGGCUCAGAAUGUGAGUGGACUUUUUGACUGCUACAUUUUCCACGAUGUGGACCUUCUGCCUGAGGACGACCGAAACAUUUACAGCUGUCCUGAACAGCCACGUCACAUGUCUGUGGCCGUUAAUACAAUACAUUAUAAAUUACCUUAUCCAGAAAUAUUUGGUGGUGUGUCUGCAUUAACCAAAAACCAGUUUGAACAGGUGAAUGGAUUCAGUAAUUCGUACUGGGGGUGGGGAGCUGAGGAUGAUGACAUGUAUCUCCGUCUGAAUGCCAGUGGUUUCCAAAUUGUACGCUAUCCAACUAGCAUAGCACGCUACUACAUGAUUGGUCAUGAGCGUGAGACACCAAAUCCAGGACGAGAAAAAUUGUUGUACGAAGCCCAAAGCCGAUUCAAAACUGAUGGCCUGAAUAAUUUGUCGUUCACCAGACUAGAACUGCAUCAAUAUCGCUCUCAUACCUGGUUCCUGGUGCAUUUGAAUGGUGAACGUUAUGACCUUUCAUACGCGGAGAUGAGACCUUGAAUGUUAUAAUAAAUAAAAACAAUAUGAAAACAUGGAGUAGCCUCUAAUUUCAAAAAACAUUUCAAACAGCACACUUUAAAUAAAAGGGUACUACAUGUUUUUAUAUUGCUUUUAUUAAUUAUUUUAAUGAAGCAGCCCAUUCAAAUCAAGUGAUUCUUGAAUGUUAUAUAUUCAUUGCCAAAAAUCCAUUGUAGGCUUAAUAGUUAUACUUUUGUGCUAGGCCAAAGUGUUAGUCUAAGUUAUGAGUUAGGCUAAAGUUCUAAUUAUAAAUUUGAUGUAGGCUAAUUAGUUAUAGUUUUGUCGUAGGCUGAAGUGUUAUCCUAAAGUAUUUAUAAUAGAAAAUUGUGGUGGGCUUAUGUUUUAUCCCAAGAAAAAUCACAUGACUUUUUGGUCAUUAUGGUUUUGGACACAAGCUUAUAGUGAGGCUCACUCUAAACUCUCAGAAUUCCAGAAUUCCUUGUGUAUCAUUUUAAUUAUUUGUGAAUCAUUGAAUGAAUGAAUAAAUUCAAUGCACCCAAUAUGCCCUCAAGAAUGGAAUAAUCCCCUUGUACUUUUUGUGUAGUCGAGAAGUUGAUAUUGUGGUAAUUAUUCAUAUUGAAUGAAAAAGACAAAGAAAUUGACAAAAACUACAGAUUUAUUGAUACUUAGAAAGACCGAUUUCGGUUAUUACACCAUUGUCAAUCUCUGAUAGAGUUUAUCAGUGUAAUGGUGUAAUAACCGAAAGCGGUCUUUGAUACUUAGAUCAAUAAAUCUGUGGUUUUUGACAAUUCUUAGUCUUUUUCAUUCAAUUCCCUUGUACAUUGUUAACCAUAGUUAACUUGGAGUUUCUUUUCAAGUUUUAACAUUUUCAAUUAUUAAUACAGUAUUUUUCAGUCAUCAGUGAUGAUUUAGUGAAGUAUUCUUAUUAAAUUUGGUUUUCUAAAUUCCUAUUUUAUAGAUAUUUCAGACUCAAAAUUGAACAAAAACCAUGAAUUGUGAACAUAACCUAUUUUUGGACAAUUUCUAUCUAAAUUUGGGAAAGGAACAGUUUUGGGCUAAAAGCCUGUUGUUCCUUUCCAAUCAUUCAUAGUUGAUAAUGGUAUUAUAUGCAUCAAUGUUUAAAUAAAUAUAAUUCAAGGAAUCCUCAUCUAUUUCAGCACAACCCACCACGAUGCCCUCUACAACGAAUUUGAUAAUCUAUCUUCUUCUUCUCUUCUUCUUCUUCUCUAUACUUAUAAAAGGCUAAGUCCCGACAGACUGAAAUCACACCACAGCCCAAACUACUGAGUUAAAAAACUUGAAAUUUUGCACGGUUGUUUAUGGUAGCCUGAAAACAUCCACUAAGAAAGGAUUUUCAGAAAUUUGCCCCCCUGAGGGAGCUGGGGCCCUCCCAAAAUUUUGUACUUUUUAACCGCUCAUUGCACAGCAAAGUCAUGAGGAACUUUUUUGUUCAGCUACGAAAAAAAAUUAGAUCUAUGCAAAAAAAUUUUGAUCAGGAGCACAGGGGGGUCCAGGAGAGGGCAUUUUUCGAAAAUUUUGAUGUAAAAUCACACUACAGCUCAAACUAAUUGUCCUACAGACUUGAAACGUUGCACAAAUAUUCAUCAAACAUGCUAGACGCGCACUAAGAACGGAUUUUGAGAUAUUUUGCCUCUAAGGGUUCCAAAGGAUUAAAAAGGAUCCUAUUAAGUAAGGUUAUGAACAUGGUAAGGUGAGUGCCAUAUGGAAAUGAGAUAAUUUAUUGAUUGACAUGUGAUAUUCUAACAUAUGUUGUAAUCAUUGGAAAUAACGAAAUAAUAUGAUAGAAAUUAAAAAAAGAACAUCUGUUCUAUUAUUGCUUUCUACCUGAUUCCACUCAACCUCAAUAAUAUUGUUCUGAUAAUUGAUAAAUAUGUUUAAUAAUAUUAUUAUUGAUAUAAUAAAAAUAUUGUUUUAAUAAUUAAUUAUUAUCAUUAAUAUAAUACCGUAAUAGUAUUGUUUUGGUAAUCAAUAAAUAUUUUUAUUUUCACAAACUCUGUAUAAUUUAUAAUGGUGAAUGUGAAACAGCUGCAUCAAAAAAAUUAUCUCAAAAACAUAUGUUUAAGAAAACCAUAGUUUUGAACUUCGUUUUCCUGAUGCAUU